CUCUUUUUCUUGGAAAAGCGGUGGCGAGAGAAGUGAAGGUGGCUGUUGGGUAGGGAAUCAAGACUCCUGGGCGGUGGAGAGGGUGGCGGGAGGAUGAGCUCCCCGGGCACAGAGAGCGCAGGGAAGAGCCUGCAGUACCGAGUGGACCACCUGCUCAGCGCCGUGGAGAGCGAGCUGCAGGCAGGCAGCGAGAAGGGCGACCCCACCGAACGCGAACUGCGAGUGGGCCUGGAGGAGAGCGAGCUGUGGCUGCGCUUCAAGGAGCUAACUAACGAGAUGAUUGUGACCAAGAAUGGCAGGAGGAUGUUCCCGGUGCUGAAGGUAAAUGUGUCAGGUCUGGACCCCAAUGCCAUGUAUUCCUUCUUGCUGGACUUCGUGGCGGCUGACAACCACCGCUGGAAGUACGUGAAUGGGGAAUGGGUGCCUGGGGGCAAACCAGAGCCUCAGGCGCCCAGCUGCGUCUACAUCCACCCAGACUCGCCCAAUUUUGGGGCCCACUGGAUGAAGGCGCCUGUGUCUUUCAGCAAAGUCAAACUCACCAACAAGCUCAACGGAGGAGGACAGAUCAUGUUAAACUCCUUGCAUAAGUAUGAACCUCGGAUUCACAUCGUGAGAGUUGGGGGCCCGCAACGCAUGAUCACCAGCCACUGCUUUCCCGAGACCCAGUUCAUAGCUGUGACUGCCUACCAGAAUGAGGAGAUUACAGCCCUUAAAAUUAAAUACAACCCGUUUGCUAAAGCCUUCCUUGAUGCCAAAGAAAGAAACGACCACAAAGAUGUAAUGGAGGAGCCAGGGGACUGCCAGCAGCCAGGGUAUCCCCAAUGGGGGUGGCUUGUUCCUGGUGCUGGCACCCUCUGCCCACCUGCUGGCUCCCACCCUCAGUUUGGAGGCUCACUCUCUCUCCCCUCCACACAUGGCUGUGAGAGAUACCCAACUCUACGGAACCACCGGUCAUCGCCCUACCCCAGCCCCUAUACUCAUCGGAACAACUCUCCAACCUAUGCCGACAAUUCAGCUGCAUGCCUGUCCAUGUUGCAGUCCCAUGACAACUGGUCUAGCCUCGGAGUGCCUGCCCACACCAGCAUGCUGCCUGUGAGUCAUAACGCCAGCCCACCUACUGGCUCUAGCCAGUACCCCAGCCUCUGGUCUGUGAGCAAUGGUACCAUCACCCCAGGCUCCCAGACAGCUGGGGUGUCCAACGGGCUGGGCGCUCAGUUCUUUCGAGGCUCCCCUGCGCAUUACGCACCCCUGACGCACACAGUCUCAGCCACCACGUCCUCCUCGUCCUCUGGUUCUCCGAUGUAUGAAGGGGCUGCUACAGUCACAGACAUUUCUGACAGCCAGUAUGACACGGCCCAAAGUCUCCUCAUAGCCUCGUGGACACCUGUGUCACCUCCAUCCAUGUGAAUUGAACUUUCCUCCAUGUGCUAAGACUUGUAGCAACCGGUGUCAGCUGGAUCUUCUAGACUCAACGUGGCAGGCUCU